UAAAGAAGAGGAAAGCCUCGAAUGUACCCACCUCUAUCUUAUUAGCUUAAGCCCUCUCUCUCUCUGCCUCUCUCUCCGUCUUCUCUCGGCGCGCAAAAGUAAUGGCUUCUUCGAUGUCUCUGGCUCACAAUUUGCGUUCGCCCAACGACCGGACUCCUGCAUCAGUCCCUCUCUGUAAUCUCAACUCAAGUGUGAAUAUUGUUGGUAGUGGCAGGCAAAUUUUGUUCCGGUCUGGUCAUAAAAGAGUCAACGGAGGUUAUAGAACACUUCAUGUACAUGGCUUAUUUGGAGGAAAGAAGGAUAACAGUGAUGAUGCUCCUUCAAAGGCAGGGAUUAUCGGGAAUAUGCAAAAUUUGUAUGAGACAGUGAAAAAGGCACAAAUGGUUGUCCAAGUAGAGGCUGUGCGAGUGCAGAAGGAACUUGCAGCAGCGGAGUUUGAUGGUUACUGUGAAGGUGAAUUAAUAAAGGCUACUUUAUCUGGAAACCAGCAACCCGUGCGCAUCGAGAUUACUGAGGCUGCAAUGGAAUUAGGAGCUGAGAAACUGUCGGAGUUAGUCAAUGAAGCUUACAAAGACGCACACCAGAAGAGCGUCCAGGCCAUGAAGGAGAGAAUGAGCGAUCUUGCCCAGAGUUUGGGAAUGCCGCCGGGCAUGAGCGAGGGGUUUAAGCCAUGAUAGCUUCUCCCCCGCCGGGAGUGGUUCGGAGCCGGAGAUCCAAUUUUGUAAUACAGCCAAGGCAUGUUGUUCCAAUUUGUACUUUAGCCAUAAAUUUUGUAACCGUUCCAACGCCAGUCACGGUUUUAUUGAAGAAGGGAAUUAUUGAAUUCAUCGUGCACGCCGUGAAACCCGCAGUCGGACCGAUAAC